GAAAAAGACAAGCAUUAAGACAUUACGGAAUUACAUGGUAAAUACUACGUCUCGACUGAUAAAGCGGCAGAAAUAAGGAAUAGAAAUGUAUAGAAAAAUAUAGAAAAAUAUUCGUUGGAACAUUUCUCUUAUCUAGAAUAUUUUAACAAUAGCUGUAGUUUUAGCUAUACUGAGUGGAUGAAAUGUAAAGACAGUGCUUAGGCGCCUGUGAAAAGUUAUGGUGCCAUUCCAUGGCACGAGUUCAUGAUCAUUAAAAUGUCGUUUAGUGUGUGUUUGGUGUUCUGUGUCUAAAAAUGUAAUGUCUGAAUAAGAAGCCGUUGUCUGUCCGAUAGAUUAGCGAGGUAGUGAUCUGUGUUUCGUGUGCAUUUUCCGCUUAUUAAAAGUGAAUAUGAGGGAAGCCAACGGUUGAUGUGUGAUGUGCUGGCUUCCUCCUGCCAUCUCAUCACCACCGCGCCAUGAUGGCGCUGUUUGGGAUGGUUUGGCUUCUUAAGGUGCGUAAACACCUCCGUCAUUGUGCUCACUGCAGAGCUCACUUGAGGACAUGCUCCCAGUGCCGGGCAAGGCCUUCUCCUUCCCUCCCGUCCAUCGUCAAUUCGAGGGACUCGACCAAAGAGUCCUGCGCUCAGGACACCGCUUCUCAAACGUCGCCCCCUGAGCAGGAAAGGACCCGAAUCACUCUCGACCUUGUGGCUCACAGGCCUCCUCCUAGGGGUGGGGAGGAUAGUGACACCGAUGGAGUGAACGGUAGUGACGGCGAUCAUGAAAUAACUAGAGAUGAAAAGAGAGAUAAUAAUGGCACCGAUGAAAGGACCGCUGGGGAGGAACUCGAGGCUGUGGGCGGCUCUGAUGACUGCAAUGGAGAAAAUAAUGAGAUUCAGUUCAUUUACGGAGGUCGAGUGUCCCCUUCUCUGCCAACUCCGCCACCGCCCCCGGUUCGCAGUCCCGCCGUGUCCCCCCGUCGGCCUCACGAUCCACCCGUGAAUGUUGCUCAGGAACCCUGUGACAGUGAAGCCAGAUCUUUGGCCAGCCGUGUUUGUACCAUGUAUGGCCAGGAGCCUAACAGAACGGACUCCGCAAGGGAGAGACGAAAGUCCUUCGGGUCCACUAAAAGACGGAGUCUUUCAGGUAUGGAUGAGCUCGACCAGGGUGACAGUGCUAAUGCAAGGACGUCCACGUUGCCCCGACAAAGCUCAACUGGAAGUGGGUACAGAUUUUGCUACACUCCAGGUCAUACUCACCCUUACGCUUGUCCUCCUCUGGCUGGUUCCACUCCACAUCUGCCUCAUCUCACUCAGAAUAACCAAAAUAGUAAAUCUGUUCAGGAUAGCAGAGCAGACCCCCUACUACCUGCUUCCACCCAACAGCAUACCGCUCACCCAGGCCACCCACCCACCAUAGUUCACCCUUCCCUAGAGGCUCACCAGCAACAAACCCUGCCAGUGGUUCAUCCCCUUCCCCAUCAUCCUCGAGAUGUUCCCCAAGUUACCUUAGAUCCCCGCCUUCUCCCGAUGGAUUCCUUAGAAGGAGCCUAUGGAGGAUCAGACUCGAGUCGCAGUUCCCACAGUGGCUCACGUAGUUCUUACAGUGACCACAGUCUGCCUCCGCCACUGCCAUUCUCAGAGGGUGCUAUUCAUUACCUUCCCACUCCUCCCCCACCAAGUGCUCACAUCCUGGCCCCUAACACUGCUCAUACUCAGUAUCAUCCUUCAUCAAACAAUGAUCAGUGGAUGGGACGAGAAGCUGUUGGGUACAGCUUGCAGAAGAGUGACAGGGAGCUAGCAGAGUAUCGGCAGCCACAGUACAGUGAUGGUGUGUGGUCCAUACCCACGAGUUCAACCACCACGACCUUUUUGGGUGCUGAGUACCCACGUUACGACCCGACGACUGUCCCUGGCAGGGAUCGACGACCAUUCUCACACUACGAUCUCUAUUACGACGCCCAGGUUGAUAGUCACGGCACCUCCUCCUCCUCCCCUCGCCAAGGACAUGGCACUCUUCCAAGGUCCCAUAGUACCUCGUCCUCCAGGAGCCACCAUCGAUCUCCCGUAAGGGGGUCUCAUUCGCGCAGUCCUAGCAGGCAUCGAGCUGGGAAGCUUGAUCUGCUGGAGGCCUGCGGUGGUGUUGAUGGCCACAGGCUCUGCGACAGCGGAAGAGGGAAUUGGGACCAUGGGGGAGGAGGAGUAGCAGCAACGGCUUCUGGUGGCGAUGGCCUUCCUCCCCCUCCUGUAGACUGGGGUGCUUCAGGUGCUAGUUCACGAACACCAUUCUGUGCCCUUCACGGAUACGGAAGAAAUAAAGGUAAGUGGUUACGCGUCCCAGCUGUGGUAAGUGAUUCUUGGGCGUUGUAUAGAAAAGGCAUCUUUAAGACCACUGGACGUCAUGUUACAGAAGGGUAA